AUGUUAUUUCGAAAAGAUCCAUGUGGAAUUGUAUGUAUUGCAUUAACGUAUGCAAUGCUUUUACAUUGUCUUUAUGUUAUUCUAUUUGUUAUUAUAAUACCAUUAUUAAAUGAAAGUUUAUAUGGUACAUUACAUGCUUUAAUCACUUGUACAUUUAUUUUUCUUUGUAUGUUUUCACAUGCUCGUGCUUCUUAUUUUGAUCCGGGUUUUGUACCUUUACCAAAAAAAGGAAUUGAUUUUUCAGACGUUAAAAUAAAUGAUAAUAAUAAGGUCAAUGAACACGGUUGGACAAUUUGUAAUCGUUGUGAUACGUAUAGACCAGCUCGUUCACACCAUUGCAGAGUUCAUUCAAUAAUAAUUUGUGUUGAAUCAUGUUUAUUUGGUUUAUUUGUUGUUACUAUUUUUGUUGAUCAAGUUCAAUCAAUAUUAAAUGAUCGAAGUUUAAUUGAUACAUUAAAAUUAGAUGAAGACUCUCGUAUGACACAACAAAUAUUACCACCAGCAAGAGUUUUAUUGCGAAAAGUCUUCGGGCCUGGUCCAAUGAUUUUAUGGUUAUUACCCUGUGAUCUGAAAAAAUCAAAUGAAACAACUGAUCUACAAAAUAUGCAUCAUGUUUAA